AUGGCACAGCUCAAAACAAUGCGAAUCGAAUGUGAAAACAUUGACGACAUUGAAAUGAACGGUUUGGGGGAUAUCGUGCGAGCCGCCAUUUCUUUGGGAUAUUACCAAGUCGAGAUAGCUGUCGAGCCCGAGGGGGUCUCACGCGUCUGCUCUGUCUUCAAGGAUCUUACCUCUUGUCGACUUUUGAGCACGGAUCCUCUCUUUUCACGAAAUAUUGUGAUUUUUGUAAGAGCGAAUGGGAAAACAUACGCGGAUGAUGCCUACAAUGCGCUUCGUCAUAUUUGGACUAGGUAUCUCUCAGCUCAAAAUCAGCCGAACAUGCCUUCGGAUCCACGGCUCAUGAAAUGGUUUGCCACCGAGCUUGAACGAAUACAGGAAUUAAUGCGCCAUUUUGGAAAGCAGAUAAAUAUCCAUGAUUGA